CUUCAUAAGAUUAUGCGACAAUUUGGAUAUCAUCAGCCCCUGCCUGAUCUUAGAUUGAUUAAAAAUUAAGCAACACUACAUUCUCUAGAUCGUCGUGGUAAGAAGAAUCAAGAUUGGAUAACUACGUAUACAACAUAUAUUGACGUGUGGACUGAUCAGCAUAUGCAUGUAGACGACGGUGCUGUAAUUGAAGAUCCUACAUAUCCAUCAGAUGAGUAUCGUCAAUGGUAUCGCAAGCGGACGGUUCUAUAUAUUUCAAAUCCUACUAGACAUCCCGUUUUUCCGGAGGAUUUUCAGGGCGAUAGCGCUAGAGCACAAUAUCUUAUGGAUGCUAUGUCUCAGGUAUAUUACAUGGCUAAGGACUCUCUAGCACAUAGUGACGAACAGCACAGCAAUUAUUUUAAUGCAAUGAAGGACUUUGCAUCAAUAACAUUGAAUCAUGUAGGAGAGUCAUCCCGACUUGCAUUUCGCCCUCCACGAGUACCACGAGCCAUUCCACAACCAGCAGACCCGUGGCGUGUUCAACGUGCUUCUAGAAAUAUUCAUGGAGGUCAGCAUGGCGGUGAUAGACGUCGUAGAUACCGAUCACUUGAACCCACCGUCCAAAUUGGAUUAGAUGAAGGUUCACAGGCAACUGAGCACCAUGGCACUUCUACGUCCAUUGGCCAUACAAGGUCCCCAGUGCCUUUUGGGGAGCUUACGGCCGAUACAGAUGUCUAUCUUAGCACUUCUGCACAAUAUGGUAGAGAUGAUGGUGAAGGCCAGAGAACCCAAGCUGUUGAUGCUAGACUUGACUCAUAGAUUACUCAAGUCGAUAUAAUAAUGCUAGACCAACCACGACGAACACAAAGAGUUCACAAGCCAAGAGGAUGUGGCACGCAUGGAAAACUUGGACACCAAUGAUAAUAAAACUGUAAUUGUGUAGUAGUUGUUUAAAUAGUAUAACUCACUGUUAUAUUGA